UGAGCCCGGCCCAGUUAAAGAUCCAUGUGCACACGAACCACCAGAAAAACCAGAUGCGGAUAGAAAGGCGGUUGUGGAGCGCGUAGAGAGAGGCGGUCGGUGUUUGUUUCUGUUUUCUAAAACCAUUCGCGAGCUAGCGAGACGAAGAAGAAGAUCGAAGAACAGCAACAAUAAGGAGGAAAGAAGAUAUUGUAUUAGGCUGAAGCUAUGGCGUCUAUUUGCCUCUCUUUAUGCUCGACUUCGAAACCCUUAGUGGUGCCUCCUAAAUCGGCAGCCGGAGUUGCUUCUUCUUCUUCUUCGUCUUCACCGAGCUGCCAUGGUUGCCGUUGCUCUCUCGUUUUCUCCACGCCGAUUUUUGGUUCCGGAAGAAUGAUUUCUUCUACUAGCAGCAAUACCAGUCGGAGCAGGCGACAAAAGCAAGUGGUUUGUAUGGCACCAGAUGAAGAAAAAUUGACUCGCCGCAAUCCUCUUGAUUUUCCUAUCGAGUGGGAAAGGCCCAAGCCUGGGCGCAGACCUGAUAUAUUUCCUCAGUUUAGCCCCAUGAAAACACCUAUACCACCCCCAUUGCCAUAUGAUCCUCCAGAAGAAGAUGAAGAAGAAGAGGAAGAAAAAAAGAAAGAGGAGGAGGAGGAGGAUCCUGAAAAGGAGGAAGAACCAGACAAGCCUGAGAAGCAGUAGUGUCUAUCAUAUUCAAUUUCUUUUUGGUUCUCUAUGUAAACUCCACCGAGUUUUUGAUUAGUUUACAUCUAGCUUUAAGUGCUGAUAAUAGGAAGUGGAUGAAAUGCAAUAAUCCUCAUCCAGGAAGAAUUUUUGUAAUGGCUGUUGUUGCCCACUUUGAGCUGAAAGGAUCUUGCAAACCUCCUUUUGGACUUAUUAAAGGCUAGAGUUUCAUGAGUA